AUGCAGCUGAAGAUCCCAAGGCCUCAUAUACGGGUUCCACAGGGCGAAUCUGCUUUUGCAACAGGGAAUGCACGAUGGACAAACCGCGAUCUAGAUCCUGUGCCCAAACAUGGGCGCAAAUGGGGCGCUAAGAGUCUAGUAGCAUACUGGAUCUCCGACGCCCUCCACGCAUCGACCUGGCAAUUCGCCAGCGGCAUAAUAGCCGUCGGACUUACAUAUCGAGAAGCGAUUGGCAUCGUCGCCCUGUCUUUCUUCAUUAUAUCGCUUCCCAUCGCAGCGAAUGGCGCUGUAGGCGCAAUAUACCAUGUACCAUUCCCUGUUAUCGCGCGCGCAAGCUGGGGCUUUUGGGGCUCCUAUAUCGCGAUCAUCUCGCGAGUCAUUCUCGCCUUGUUCUGGUUCGCCAUCCAGAAUGUCAAUGGCGGAAACGCUGUACGAGUCAUGAUUGCAGCAAUCUGGCCAAGUUACCUGGAUCUUCCAAAUCAUAUACCCGAGUCGCAGGGUAUCACGACCAACGGCAUGGUCGCCUUCUUCCUCUUCUGGUUACUCCAGGUGCCAUUCCUCUGCAUGCAUCCGAACCGAUUACGAUGGCUAUUCACGGUCAAAUCAGUAUUAGUCCCAAUCGCCUGGAUUGCCAUGCUAAUAUGGGCCUUUGUCUCCGUAAAAGGCGGCGGCCACGUCUUCGCCCAACAAGCCCCAACCGUCUCCGGAUCCAAAUACAGCUGGCUAUUCCUCGCCAAUAUGACUUCAGUCAUCGGCAAUUAUGCAACUUUAUCUGUAAACAUGUCCGACAUCUCCCGCUAUUCACGUGUCAAUCCUCGCUGGCAGUUACUCUAUAUCCCCAUGCUACCACUCAUCUUCACCUUCUUCUCCUUCAUCGGCAUCGCCGCCUCAUCCGCAGGCCAAGUCCACUACAAUCUCGACUCCAUCCCCUGGGACCCAUUAGUCCUGAUCAGCUACUGGCCCAAUCGCGCCUGUCGCUUCUUCGCCGCAGCAUCCUUCGCCCUGGCCUCUCUGGGCGUCAACAUCUCCGCAAACUCCAUCUCCGCCGCCAACGACUUCACGGCCCUGUUCCCACAGUACAUCAACCUCCGACGCGGCCAGCUCCUCUGCGCCGUGCUAUCCUGGUGUCUUGUCCCGUGGAAAAUCCUCGAGUCAGCAGGUAGUUUCCUGACUUUCAUGUCGGCGUACGCCAUCUUCCUCGGUCCCAUCGCUGCGAUCAUGAUGUGCGACUUCUGGGUCGUUAAUCGUCGGAGAUAUGACUGUCUAGCUCUCUACCAGCCGAAUAACCCGACCUAUCGCUUCGAGUUCACGGUCCCGGGUUUGGGAGAGACUGUCCAUGGCACGAACUGGCGGGCCGUGGUGGCUUUCCUUGUUGGUGUUGCGCCGAAUGUGCCCGGACUGGUUAAUGCUGUGAACCCGAAUGUCGAUGUCGGUGUUGGGAUUCAUCCGUUUCAGUUUGGGUGGCUUUUGGCGUUUUUUGCUACUGCCACUGUAUACAUGGCGUUGUCGUGGCUGGUUCCUGCAGUAGAGACUCAGGUCCCUCGUGCUGUGCUUUGUGAUGAGGUUUAUGAUGAGGAGGGAACGGUUGUGGAUGGGGUGGAGGCGGAUGAUGAGGAUAGGAAGGAUGUACUUUCUAGUACGAAGGAGAAACCGGGGAAGGAUGUUUAG